UUACAAAAGAAAGAGAGAGAGAUCAGCUUUGAAUUAGAGCAUCAGCACCCAAUUGAUAUGGUUUUCUCAUCACUUCCUUCCUAUCUAGAUCCUCCCAAUUGGCCUCAACAGCAGCAAGUUGGAGGUGUUGGUGGUGAUCAUGAGAUUUCUCAGCUUCCUCCACCACUGUUGCCACCACCUCCACCACUGGGGAGCGGUGGGGAUGCAAGAUCUGUACAGAUGUCUGAGCGUGCAAGGAUGGGGAAGCUGCCACAGCCGGAAACAGCAAUGAAAUGCCCUAGAUGUGAAUCAACCAAUACUAAGUUCUGCUACUUCAACAAUUACAGUCUGUCACAGCCCCGUCACUUUUGCAAAACUUGCCGGCGGUACUGGACAAGAGGCGGAGCCUUAAGAAACGUGCCGGUGGGUGGUGGUUGCCGGAGAAACAAGAAAAGUAGCAAGGGAUCAAGGGGUUCUAGGUCAAAAUCCCCAUCAGCUACUACAAGCUCAACAAGUAAUACUGCGAUUUCUCCUAAUAGCUGCACCACGGAUAUAUUAGGGCAUUUGCCUCAUAACACUCGACCAUCUCAGUUUCCAAUUUUGCCCCCCUUGAAUCACUUUGGAGGUGGAGAUCUUGGCUUAACAUUUGCGGGUGGAAAUGGAAAUAAUUUGAUCCAUCUUGGUCAUGACAGUAACUACCCUAGUAACAAGUUUGCCCAAUUUCCAUUUUUGGAAGCUGCUAACGCUGGGAUGUAUGGUGAAGGCCCAUCAAACUACGGUGGACAAGUCGGAGGGAUGAAGAUGGAGGAUAACCAUCAUCGUCAUCAUCAACAGCAAGGGUUGAAUUUAUCAAGAAACUUUAUGGACAUUCCAGGAAAUGAGCAGUUUUUGGGUACCAGCAAUGUUGCAUGGAGUACAACUGAUCUCAGUGGCUUCAACUCUUCUUCUACUACCACCACCCAUCUCUUGUGAUUUACAUUGUUUUCCCAUCUUUCCAUUCUAAGCUUGCAUCUUUUUCACUUCUCUGUGCAUUGCUAGCAAUUGUGAGUUUAGCAUUCGAUGCACAAUGUAUAAGUAAACUUUGCAUGCGAUAGAAAAUGAGACCAUGGACUGAUAUGAAGGUUUUCUUGGAAACCCUAGGGCAUGGUGGCUUAAUUCUAGUGAUAUAUAUACAUAUAAUUUGCUUUGUUCUAUUGUCGAGAUUAUAAUUUGUAAGUUGCAACGAACUGCUAUCAUGCGAGUUAA